UGUCCACAUUGCAAGAGGUUCGGCGUCCAUGGUGGCAGGGCGCUGGUCUUGAAUGGGGCUGAAGGAAGGCCGCUCAUCGGUUGGGUUGGAUCCGCGGUAGCGGUGGGUUUUGCCCUCGAACCCGCUAAAAAUGGAACCGUGGCACCAGAGCGAGGAGACCUCGCCCGAUUCAAAACCAGACGCGACGUGCUCGGCGCGCAACGCCUCUGAAGACGCAGAGAAAUUCAUCAGACGCCUCGUGGUGGAAGAAGGCCAGCGUCUGAUGGCGGACAAAACCCUCUACAGGAGACCGUCGUGGUCUCCGAACAUCCAGGGUGACCAGUCCCGCUCAAAGAUGGCCGCCCCCGUGCUUGGUCACCCCCACGCCGAGGUCAAGGGGUUCAUCGAACAACAUGGGGUUCUGGACGCUUUGGAAAAAGUUGUUUCUUUGCUGUUUCAUAAACUGGUGGAAGCCACAAACUCGGAUGGGCAUCCGGUCUUUAAAACGGACCGGGGGAGCGACCGCUACCACGAGGUCGAGUCCGGAGAAGUGGCUGACAUGCUGGACAGGGAGAUCCGUCUGUGCCGGCUGGUGAAGGGCCUGGAAAGCGUGUCGACAGCUGCCCCCGACCCGGAGCCGACGCCGGCUCAGAUAAAAAAAACAAAGACGCGCACCCCGAAAGAAAGAUCCGAGCGACCUCCCGCGACACACGCCCAGGACGUCGCUCCGGGAGGGGCGGCGUGUCCUUGCUGUGAGAAAAACACGGCGCACCCCGCGCGAGAAACCAGGAAACCCGCCCCCAAAACCGCUCCCCCGAAGGCAGGCAAAGGAAGACAAAAUAAAGCAGCAGAAAUCUCGGAAAAUACCGCCGCAUGGAAGAAGACUGGUGGGGGAGCCGCCCAGCAGCCCAGCAAUGACCCCAGGGUGAGCCUCAGACGGAUUCUGGAGGAGGCCUAUUGGAACAUGAAUGACUGGACCAAGAAAGGAGUGGAGCUGUCUCACAAACUGGGCAUACUUUUGACCCCAUCUGAAAGGAGCUGGCAGGAAGUUAAGACCCUCGGUGUGAAGGCAGAGCUCGGGUCCCAGGGCCUCCUGACUGAGGGCCCGGCGCCCCCGCACCCUGCUGCCGCCGGGGCCUGUGAGACCCCUGUCCAAGCUGAACCAGAGGCGAGGCUCCCUGGGCUCGACAGUGCCAUGGCAGCGCAAGAGGCCAUCUCAUCUUCCCACCAGCUCCCUGCUGAGAAGGAAACAGCGGAGAGGCCCAUCUCUCCCACAGACGGCGCACCUUUCCCACAAACAGAGGGAUGAGGAGUGUUUGGGCCGCUGUCCAGCCAGACUAUUCCAUGUUUCGGCAGCCCUUCAGCCACAAUAAAAAAACAAAGAGGUGA